AGUCAAUGCGCAUGCGCCGCGUUCCCGCGCCCGCGCCUGCCUCCGGCCCGGUGUGAUGUGUGAGCUAUAACUGGACACGCGGGUGGUCCCUCUUCCCGGCUGGCGACCCGUAGCAUGUGGCCCUUUGACCCGCCGAGGCGGGGUGAGAGGUCGGGUGGCCAUCUUGUGGCAGCGGUGGCGGUUUGUUGUUGGUGAGGCCCCGCCGCGCCCCCUCCCCCUCCCCCGGGCUGAGCAGGCCCCGGGGCCGGGCCGGGCCGGGCGGCGCCAUGUCCUCCUUCUCGGAGUCGGCCCUGGAGAAGAAGCUCUCGGAGCUGAGCAACUCCCAGCAGAGCGUCCAGACCCUGUCGCUGUGGCUCAUCCACCACCGCAAGCACGCGGGGCCCAUCGUCUCCGUGUGGCACCGGGAGCUGCGCAAAGCAAAAUCAAGUAGGAAGCUUACAUUUCUAUAUUUGGCGAAUGAUGUCAUCCAGAACAGUAAAAGGAAGGGUCCUGAAUUCACAAGGGAGUUUGAAUCUGUUCUUGUGGAUGCUUUUUCUCAUGUUGCCAGAGAGGCAGAUGAAGGCUGCAAAAAGCCCUUGGAGCGAUUGCUUAAUAUCUGGCAAGAAAGGAGCGUGUAUGGCAGCGAGUUUAUACAACAGCUGAAACUUUCUAUGGAGGACACCAGUAGCCCUCCACCAAAAGUUACAGAGGAGAAAAAGUCCUUGAAGCGGACAUUUCAGCAGAUACAAGAGGAAGAAGAUGAGGAUUACCCUGGGAGCUACUCGCCCCAGGACCCCAGCACUGGGCCAUUACUGCUUACAAGGAAGUAUGUAUGUCAAGCAGACAGUGAACAUCCUUUGGUUCUUCAAGCCAGCAUAAACAUUGAAAAGACUGAGGACUUGAUCAAAGCCCUGCAGGACCUGGAAAAUGCAGCAUCAGGAGAUGCCACAGUGCGGCAGAAAAUUGCCUCGCUGCCACAGGAAGUUCAAGAUGUGUCACUGCUGGAGAAAAUUACAGACAAAGAGGCAGCAGAACGUCUUUCGAAAACGGUGGAUGAAGCAUGUUUGUUACUAGCAGAGUAUAAUGGGCGGCUGGCAGCAGAGUUGGAAGACCGACGCCAGCUGGCACGCAUGCUGAUUGAGUAUACCCAGAACCAGAAGGAUGUAUUGACAGAGAAAGAGAAAAAGUUAGAAGAGUAUAAACAGAAGCUUGCUCGGGUAACCCAGGUCCGCAAGGAGUUGAAAUCUCACAUCCAGAGCCUUCCAGAUCUGUCGCUGCUGCCCAAUGUAACAGGAGGCCUGGCACCUUUGCCAUCUGCUGGUGAUCUGUUUUCAACUGACUAGAACUAAUGGUGCCCACAUUUACUACUUCCCCUUGGUACCAGCAGAAGU